AUGACCGACUCAAUUCGCAAAUUAGCGGCGCAGUAUUUCCAGCUGGUGGAUUUGCAGCACUUGGCCCUUCCAUUGGGUCCUGUGCUUGUCCAGCCAGAUGUUCAAGCUGCUAUAUACGAGCGCAUGUUCAACGAGACUACGGUCUUUCCAAUCCCACCAGCCAACUACCGAAGCCGAGUGCUAAAACUGAUUCUCUCGCACAUUGAAGAAUCCAUAGCUGACCCCGAGGAGGAUGAGAUUAAUGAUGAUCUCAUGGAAUGCUGGACCGAACUGGUCGCCCAGCCGAAACAAUCAGCCGUCGAACAGGCACAGCAAUUAUCCUUCAUCAAAUACACAGCUCCCGCCGAAACAGAGCCGAAUGAGCCAGCUGCAAAGACCGACAGAUCAGUCAUCACCUCUGAAUCUCGCGGUCUAAUCCUCUCAGCUGGAACAACCGGGUUCCGCACCUGGGAAGCAGCCCUGCAUCUAGGAUCAUUCCUGUCCUCUGAGACCGGCGAGGCCCUCGUGCGCAAUAAGCGAGUCAUCGAACUCGGUGCUGGCACGGGAUUCCUAUCUCUGGUUUGUGCGCGCUACCUCGGUGUGCGCAGUGUUGUUGUCACAGAUCGGGAACCUGCUCUUAUUGAUAAUAUGCGUGAAUGUGUUCCGCAUAACCUUGAUUCCGAGACUGGGAAGUCCAUUCCUAUUUACCCUGCCGUUUGGGAGUGGGGCACUCCGCUUGAGAGGGCGGGGGAUCUUGCUGGGCUUGAGUCUGGGGAUGAUGGGGGUCAGGGUAUUAAGUUUGAUGUUGCGCUCGGUGCUGACUUGAUCUAUGACACCGAUAUUAUCCCUCUGCUAUUAUCUACUGUGCAGGAUCUCUUUGAGAAUUACAAUAUUGAGCAUUUCAUCAUUGCGGCAACACUGCGCAACGAGGAUACCUUCCGCACGUUUUUGAAUGGAUGUGAAACAAACAACUUUACCGUUGAAACCCUUCCAUUCGAGUCGACUCCGUCACAGGACCAAACAGGCUUCUUCCAUUCGACCAGCAUUCCGAUCCGGACGUAUCGGAUUUCGCGGAAAUGA